AUGCAAAAAUUUUCUAUAGCUAUUCUGAGAUAUGGAUUUCAACAGUCAGCCUCAGAUCAUUCAUUGUUCACCAUGAAAACAGAUGAUGGAAACUUUACAGCAUUACUUGUCUAUUUAGAUGACAUUCUUAUUGGUAGCGCAUCUGUUCAGGAAUCAAACAAAGUCAAGGAUUUUCUGAACUCUCUUUUUAAACUUAGAGACUUGGGAACAGUAAAAUAUUUUUUGGGGCUUGAAAUUGCUAAGUCACCUAAAGGGAUUUCAAUAUGCCAAAGGAAGUAUACUCUUGAUCUCCUAGAAGAGAAUGGGCUUCUUGGAGCUAAACCAGUAAGUACACUGAUUGAUUAUAACCACAAACUCUGCAAAGUCAAGGAUGGGGAAAUAUUGUCAGAUCCUACAAGCUACAGGCAAUUGAUUGGAAAGCUGAUAUACUUGACUUUUAGCAGACCAGAUAUCUGUUAUGCUGUGCAAGUUCUAUCUCAAUUUAUGGACAAACCGAGAAAGGAACACCUAGUUGCAGCUCAUAGGAUUUUAAAGUAUUUGAAAGCAUCACUGGGGCAAGGAAUACUAAUGAAGUCAAAAUCCACUCUAAAAAUAUCAAGAUAUGCUGACAGUGAUUGGGCAGGAUGUUCAGACACCAGAAGGUCAGUCAUUGGUUUUUGCAUCUUCAUUGGGGACUCACUUGUAAGUUGGAAAUCAAAGAAACAGUCAGUAGUUGCUAGGAGUUCAGUUGAAGCAGAGUACAGAUCAAUGGUUUCAACUUGUUGUGAAAUGAUCUGGAUCAAAAGUAUUUUAGAAGAUUUCGGAAUCAAACAAAAUGAAGCAAUGGAUCUUUAUUCUGAUAGUCAGUCUGUUAUACACAAAAGUAAGAAUCCAGUGUUUCAUGAGAGGACCAAACACAUAGAAAUAGAUUGUCAUUUUAUUAGAGAAAAGGUCCUCACUAGGUUGAUCAAACCAAAGCACAUUUCAAGCAGCACACAUAUAACAGAUAUUCUUACUAAAGCAUUGCAGCCGAAUCAAUUCUACAAACUCUUGAGCAAGAUGAGCGUUCAUGAUAUUCACUGUUCCUCUUAA